UCACUGCCACCUAUGCUCACUUGAUGAGUUCUCAGAACCCACAGUUCAUUGAUUGUAGGGAACGCGUUUUUCAUCCCUGAAGUUGUGAUACAUCUUAGAGUCGAUGACGGCUUAACGUUCCAUUUUCUUUCUUGUAAUACAGUGCAUCUUACAAUCAAUGUUGUCUUCGAUGUGAUGAAAAAUGGUAAAUUAUGUUGUCAUUGAAUUAAAAAAUACCUUCUCCUCCUCCUUUCCUGUCUGCUCUUGGAUGUUCAUAUUGAAUCAUCCUGUGCCUAUCCUUACAUUGCAACCAGAAGCUUCAGCACCACCCUUCUCCGGAGAGAGCCAGUGAAACAUCUUUUUGUCAAUAGACCACAGGUUUUUAUUAUUGGUCCACAGCAGAACCCCAUCCUCAGAUCUCUAACUACAAAAGGUGCUGUAAAAUAUCUCUGCCUUCCCCAGCCCUUCCAAUACCUCCAGCCCACAUGGUCCUACCAGAGGUGCUCAGUUUGUGUAACUGUCACUGCAACCUUUUCUGGAAUACACUCUGUGUUGUCAUCACUAGGGCCUUCCCAAAGUGACUCCCUGACAUUGGUCUAUCUGAUGGUGUCUUUGGAAAGAAAAGGGAUGGAGAGGCAUCUCUUAGACCUUCUUUGGGAAAAGUGACCAAUUAUGUCCUUAUCCUCCCUGGAUAGGAACCACUGGCUCAAUGGCCUGUAGGGGCCACCUCAGCACUUCCAUUCUGUCUGUCUCCAAGGCGUCACCUUAGGUAAGAACUUUUGCUCUCAUUCAUCUCUCAGCGUGCUCUGACUCUUUUCAGCUGAAGGUCCCUCUCAUCCAAGAUGGGCAGUAUUACCUAGCAGUAUGCAUUCUUUAACAACAUGAGUGACUCCAAGAGUAACCGAGAACUAUACCAGCGAUACAAAGCCACAGCCCCCAGUCUGCUGGCCCAAAUCUGCAAACUCCUCAAAAUCUGCCGGAAUGCAGGCAUUCCUAUACCUAAGGGCAUCAGAAACAUCUUCGAGUUCACUUGGGAGGAGCUGGUCACUGACCCCAUGGUGCCUACUCCAUCCGACAUCCUAGGCCUGGAGAUCAGUCUUGGGCCCCCACCUAUGCUUAUGGAAUUGAACCCUGUGCAGACCCCCACCCAGAAGAAGCCACCACCCUUAGUACCAGCACCAGCACCACCGCUUUCAACCUCCACUGGUGCAGCCAAGCGGUACUCCACCUUCUCCCCCAGCCAAAUUCAAACAAUGUCCACCGGCCAGGAGACCCUGCACAGGUUUCAGCGGCAGUCCAUCCACCUGCUGACGGAACUUCUCACCUUGAAAAUGAAGGCCAUGGUGGAGUCUGCAUCCAUAGGUGCGAACCCCCUGGACAUCACAAGGCGCUUCGUGGAGGCCAGUCAGCUCCUCCAUCUCAAUGCCAAGGAGAUGGCCUUUGACUACCUGAUCGGCAGAGUUGGGAGAAGUGGCUUUGGUAGUGUACAGUUGGGGAAAGAUUCACCCAUGAGCAUCUCAGCCCUGGGAGUGAACUCACCUUAUCAGCUUAUCUACCAGUCCUCCACUGGCUGUCUGAGUUUUUCCCUCUCAACCACAAGGGAAGGCAAGAAGAAAACAGGCAAAUCAAAAAUAUCAGAAGAUGCAAGCACACGCCCGCAACGAGGUACGGGAGCCUCAGUGUCUGACACUUUGGAGCUCAGCGACCCCUGCCCUGAGGCCCGGGAGAAACUGCAGGAGAUGUGCCGCUACAUAGAAGCUGAAAGGACCUCGUGGAAAGGGAGGAAUAUCUCCUGCCCAGUGAUCUUACGAAACUACAGGACAAAGAUACCCUCCAAUCUACAGAUGGCUCCCAAAGGGGACUUGGGGGCCCACCCUUCUUACAGCCCAAAUUCCCAGCUCUCUCACACUCUGGGUGCUCAGGCUUCUGCUGCCACCCCUCACCAGCCUUCUGUUCCCCAUUCUUACUAUGGCCGGUAUUCUCAAGAGUUAAGGGCACCCAAGAAGGCCAUCAAAUUGCAUUAUACCUUCUGUGAUGGCUCCUCUUUUGUUUACUAUCCUUCCGGAAACAUCGCCAUGUGUCAGAUCCCCACGUGCUGCAGAGGGAGAGCCAUCACCUUCCUGUUUAACGACACGCCCAGCUUCUCCUUCCUGGCCCUGUUCAAUGCUGAAGGCCAGGGCUGCGUUCACUACAACCUAAAGGCACGCUGCCCAUACGUCUUGGUCUUGGAUGAAGAAGGUGGGAUCACCAAUGACCAAAAGGGCUACGUGGUCCACAAGUGGAGCUGGACUUCUAAGACAGAGACUUUGCUCUCCCUGGAGUACAAGGUGAACGAGCAAAUGAAGCUGACAGUGCUGGGACAGGACUCCAUGAUGGUCACCUUCACCUCCCUGAAUGAGACAGUGACCCUCACUAUAUCGGCCAACAACUGUCCCCAUGGGAUGGCCCACGAUAAACAGAUGAACCGCCGACUCAGCAAUAUAGAUGAAAAAAUUUCCAAGAUGAGUCGAGCCCUGGCUGAGAUCAAGAAGCGGUUUCAGAAGACAGUGACUCAGUUCAUGAAUUCUGUCUUGCUGGCAGCAGGUCUGUUCACCAUAGAAUAUCCUGUAAGGGAAGAGGCAGAAAGCGCUCGGACCAAGACGAAACUCGGGCCUCAUUCCGAGCGGGGCCCCAGACUAAGCGUAUACUCAGGAGAAAACAUUUUGCGAUCUCAGACAGCACAACGGCUAGAAUCCUUAGUGGCGGAGUCUUCGAGGGAAGAGCUUCUGUCUGUUCCCAUGAGCCCCACUCGAAAGAAGACCAGCAGGAGCCCAACCAAAGCCGCGGUCACGUCCAGAGUGAAGAGCCAUGAGGCACACAGCCCCACCAAGUGGGCAGCCUCACCCUGGGACUGCCCGGUGGUGCUGCGGAAACUCAUUCGCAAGGAAGACAUCCGUGGGGGCUGCAGGUGCAUGGUGAAGGCACCCCUGGUGUCAGACGUGGAGCUGGAGCGCUUCCUGGCCGCGCCCCGCUACCCCAGCCAGGUGCUGGUGUUCGGAAUCAUCUCUCUGCAGAACCCGCCCGGCACCGCCCAGCUCCAGUGGCUGCUGGACACACUCCAUAGUCAUCGGCAACAGGGCCGCUCCUCGCCUUGCAUCCAGUGCUGGCGUGACCCCUACCGCCUGCUGCGGUACGACCUGGACAGCCCCCUGCAGAAGGUCCCACCCCUGCUGGUGAGGAAGCAUGCUGUGGUGCAGGGCAUGGUUCUGAUGUUCGCUGGGGGCAGGCUCGUUUUUGGGGGCUGUGUUUUGAACGGAUACGGCUUCAGCAAGCAGAAUCUACUGAAACAGAUUUUCCGGGCUCGGCAUGAUUGCAAGAUGGGCUACUUCCUGCCGGACAACUACAAAUUUAGUGUUUCAAGCGCCAUCCCAAACCUGGAGGAUUUGGAAUCAGCAAAGAGAGUGAUGUCGGAAGAUAUCCAAGGAAGCUUCUCCUCGUCGGCCCUGGGGGACAGGAUGGACAAAGAGCCCUCUCCAGAAGCUGAGAGGAAGCACCGCUUUAUUUCCGACAGCACCUACCGGCCCGCCUCAGCCCACGGUGCCCGCACCAUGUUGCCGCAGAUGCUGGAAACAGUGCACCUAUUCUGCAGGGUCGGCUUUCUUGUUGUCCACUGGGGGGCGUCCUACACCGGCCAGACGUGCACCGUCCGCACACGCAGGCUGCUCCCCUUCCGCCCCCGGUCCCCGGCUUAG